AAUGUAUUUGAAUAAAGACUUCUUUUAGAUGACUAAAGAUGUCUUACGAGUCAAUUAGACUUCAUGUUAUCUGACUCUGUUACCGCAAACUUCCUUUUCAUCGGUUUUGGUCCAACAUUACUGUUGCCUAAUCUUGAUAGUAUGAAAACAGACACAGUGCGAAACGUUUCUAUAAAAAUAUAAGUCUGUAUUACUUCCUUAUUAAGCCGUGUAGUGCAAGUUGUCUCCGCGCACAUGAGAGUGAUUCGUAUAUACAUUACAAAUUUAUUCGAUACACAAAUUAACCCUUGAUACACAUAGAUGUCAAACUCUCCGCAAUGACAAUAGCACACGAAGUAAGAAUAGCGGGAGAACCAAUCAGCAUUACGAAAAGUUGAUAGCGUAUUCCUCAUAUGCGUUUUUAUGUAAAUACAUGCCAUCUCAUUUGAUGACCUAUAACACUGCAGUUAUCGACAGACUUUUGCGUCAGGCUCUGUUCGAAUUUGAUAGUAGAUUAUGACUACUGAUAUUUGAUUAUGAGGAUAUGUAAUAUUUAUUCUAUUAUAUUCAGAGAAAGGAAGUAACAAAUUACAAGUAAUGAGCCAUCAUUAUUUAUUCUUUGAUACUAAAUAUUUUAUAACGGCGUUAAAAUUUGUAAUAACGUUAAUGGUAAUUAGUAAAAGCUUUGAAAUAGUCACUUGUAAUAAGUAACUCAUUACCAUUACAUAUUAUACAUUGCAAAAGUAAUUAAUUAGAUGACUUGUUACAUAAAAAAUACAAAUAACAUGAUACUAUGCAUUACAUUGACACGUAAAAAAUAAAGUUAAUAAAUUUGGCACUGUAAGAUGUAAUAAUAACAAAUUAUUUAUUAAAAAUGACUACUCAAAUCAUGAUUUUAUCAUUACCGUUAUGAAAAAGUAAUAGUGAUGAUAACGUUAAUUGUAACAUUUCCUAAUAAUGAUUGUUUUAUUUUAUUCACCUUGAUUCUGAUAAUCGUUACCCUUAGAAGCAGUUCGUGUGUUUUUAUUGACAAUGAAAAAAGCAACAUUGAAUACGUUAAUGUUCUUCAUCUUCGCAAGUGAUGUGCUACAUAUUUUCGGAAAAGUAACCGUAUUGCGUGGGCCGUUAAUGUCUGGGUCCGAUAACGUAAAAAUGAUAUGCCUCUCAGAGGAUGAUGGCGGUGCUCUUGUGUGGAACAAAGAUUGGAAUGAACGAAACUGUCCAAAGAACUGUACAAGAAUGCUUGAUAGAUCCACCUUUGAUGAUUUUCAUGAUAUAAAUAAUUUCGAAAAUGAUGAACUAGAUUGCAAAAUGAACACAAAUGAAAAUUGUUUGAAGUCAUGGAUAAAAGACGGGUGGAACAUUACAAAUUCUUUUGAAACACCUAUGGGUCCAGUAUUUGAUCGACGAUGGGAAAAAUUUAAAGAGUACGAAAUAGUUAACAAUAUACAUACAACAGAAUUGGAUUUUACUACCGACGUAAAGCUUUCUUUUUCAAUUCGGUCCAAAGAAUCGGAAAUAUUUAUUUGCAGCCGUAAAGGCAGAUAUUCUCUCCCAGAUGAUUUUUGCUAUUCGAUCCUAAUAAAAACUUCGAGCGGAUAUGUUAACAAAGAUUCCAUAUUCUUGAAAAAGUGUGCAGAGAAAAUGAACAAAUUUUUAUACGGCAGUUGUCAUGUAUCUUCAAGAUACUUUGAGAACGAAGCACUGCACGAAGAACAUAAUCAAUGGCAAACGUUUGUGAUUACAUGGAAUGAUAAAAUGCAAGAGAUAAAAGUCUAUAAUAAUACUAAUGAGAUUUUGACAUAUACAGACGAAGAAAAACUAUCAUACCCAAACAAUAAUUAUUACAUAGACAUCGGAAGCUCUAAAAAGAUGUACUUGCGAUUUCAUGAAUAUGACUUUUUGCAUACGACAAUUGAAAGUGCAAUUUUAACAAGUCCAAUUUUUCAAGUUCAUAAUGAAGUGAUAUGUGUACAACUAUUAGUUGGCCUUUGCGUUGAAUGCGAUGCACAAAUAGUGUUGCGUAAUUCCACGAACGAUGCAGUAUUAGCAAAUGCAACAGUAAAAGGCUCAACGAAAAAAGCGGAUCAUGGCUUACCUAUGUGGCAAUCUGUCACUAUCAAAAAAAAAUUAUCCAAUACGGAAUAUAAUGCUUAUAAUGGGAUUACGAUUCGAUUGAUUCCUAAACUCAGUAAUCACAGCUUAAAUCCGUUGUGGGCAAUAGCUAACGUUCGUCAAUGUCCUCCAAUUGAAACUUUACGGCAAAGUAUUAAAAUUAUUAGUAAACCUUGGUUAAAGUCACCGGAUCGUUAUUCGAAUGAGACGUGUCAAAAAUUGUUUUAUGAUAAACACGCUAUUGUGAAUCCUUUUUUUGAAGUCACACCAGAUGUAAAUCUAGACGAAAACUGUUCUCAAGGAAAAAUUGGACCAAAAUGUUCGAUUUCCUGUGAAUCUGAUCUAAAUACUAACGUUGAGUGUAAAGGAAUCAAAAUUUGUUAUGAAAACGGUUGCACAUGUCCUCCGGGUUUCGUAGGAAAAAACUGUUCUACACCUUGUGAAUCAAACAAAUAUGGACAUGGCUGCAAAAAGACAUGUGGCUCGUGCCUAUAUAAAAAUAAAGGAGAGUGUAACAAAGCAACGGGAAUUUGUACUAAUGGUUGCGACAAUUCUAAAAAAAUAUAUUUGCCAUCUUUAUGUCAAAUAAUUGUAGAUAAACCCAAUACACCUACAAUAGUUUCAACAAACGAAACAACUAUUUGGGCAGUUACUUCUAUACCAUGGAAAGAAGAAUACGAAGGAAAAUCGAUUCUUUAUUCUUUUGUCAUUCAGGGACACUACAAAUACGAUGAACGACAAUGGAAAAAAUUGUUUCGAAAUAUGACACAAGUAACAGAAUAUUUUGUGAACAUGGAGCCUGGUGUUACUUAUCAGGUUGGUUUCAGCUUAAAUAUUAAUGGUCUGAAACUAUACAGUGAUUGGCAAUUAGCCGAGACUAAGUGCAAUUUUAUUGAAGAAUUCGAUGUAACACCUGAAAGCAACAGCUUAAUAAUAGACUGGCGAAUCAAUCCAAAUCAAUUAAGUUCAUGUCCAGCAAAUUGGUAUCAUCUGGAUAUUUUCCAUGCAAAUUCAAACGACGUAAUUGUUUCCGAAUCAGUUCCAACUUUUCCAUAUUAUAACAAAUUACAAAGCCUGCCGUCAUACACUCUUUUUAUUGUGACCAUAUCUCAUAAAAGUCACAAGAUAUUUUCUCAGGAAGUUCGCACGCUUGAAGGAGUUCCAUUUAGAGUAGUAGAGCUUCGAAGUACGUUACCAACUAGUACACAAGUCACUCUAACUUGGAGACCUCCCUAUCAACCGAAUGGAAAAAUAGUAAAAUAUGAAGUAAUUUUAAAGGUUGUGGAGUAUUAUGGUUGUAAACAUUUAAAGUUAUUUACACCAGAUAAUCACAUCAUUACAAAUUCUACAUCAGAGCAAACAAUUACAUUUGCGAAUUUACAUCCAUAUGCUUCUUAUAGCGCGCAAGUUAUAGCUCAUAAUACACGUCAUUUCAGCACAGCCAAGGAGAUAAUUUUUAACACAACACAAUCUGAGGUACCAUUAGAAGUAUUUAGUCAGUUAAAAGUACAAGAUUGGAAACUGUCAUGGCAGCCGCCGGAAGAUUGCACAACAAUUUCUGGACCAAUGAAAGCCAAGAUAAAGAUACGCGGAAUUAGUGAUGCUGUUAAAUCUUUCAACGUUAUCCAAACAACUUCCUUCAAUUUUCUCAAUUUAGAUAAAUUAAAUCAGAAAUUAAAUGGUGCCGAACGAUAUAUGGCAAAGAUAUACGUAAUAAGAGAUUAUUCAAAAAAAGAAAAUGCUUCCGCUUAUCAGAAAUAUGAAUUUGAAACUCCACCGACAGCUCCACCCAAAGUAACCAAUUUAGAGGUUGUCGAAAUUGAUACUCGUCAAACUCCUGCCUUGAUAUAUUUGAGAUGGCAAAGUCCAGUUCCACCUCUCAACGGAAAAUUGCGUAAUUAUGGUGUUAAGUUAUGUGACAAAUAUGAAGAAUGCUCACAUAUUAACGUUUCAUUGAAUGAAACUUGUGAUUUAUGGGAUGAUUAUAUAUGUAAAAUUGUGCAAAACAAUAUUCUACACUAUUCUAUGUUUACUAAAACAAUUCAGGUUUUUGCAUACAAUGUGAACGUUACUGAGAAAGGACUUCCGGUUUCCGUGACUGACGAUAUGCUUCAUAAUACAAUGCCGGAUGAACCUGCGAAUUAUACUUUUACGAUCAGCAAUAACAGUGUGAUUGAUCUAAACUGGCUUCAUCCCUGGAAGACAGGUGAUCAUCUUGAAUAUUUUAGCAUUCAAAUACAAGUAAUCUCUUCAAAUCUGAGGCUUUUCCAGUCAUUCGAGAACGAAACAAUAAAAUAUCCGGUGACACAAUACAGACGUAAAUACAGCAAACGUUUGUAUUUUUUCCCAUCGACACGGUACAAGAUCCAUAUUGAGGCUAUAACAAUUGCAAAUAAAUCUAAUAGCACAAAAUUUGUGGAAAUUAAUACACCUUCAGCCAUAGAUUUUGAUGGCAUUCUAGAAGUCAUUAAUGAUGAUUCGAGUUCCACAAUAUUAAUAAAUAUACCAUCAGUUUCAAACGAUACUCAAGACAGUAUGUUGUACAUCAUAAUAAAAGGCUCUAAUUAUACUUGCGAACAAUUUUCGGAAAUAUCGGAAGAUUUACGAGCGCUAGCAAGCGUGAAGACAAAUGAAAUGGCUUGGCAAGUUGCUGAAGUUUCGACAAAAGAGUUAGCACCAGGAGUAUUCAGGGUUGGUGACAAUAAAACAUACGGCAAUGGGAUCAAUUGCCCAUUAAAACCUGAUUUUUAUGAGAUAGUGGUUAUUAUAACCGAACAAAAUUCAAAUAGGUCAAUUAUGCUUUCAAAGUCGAUUCACAUCAAUAACAUUUCACCAAUGUUUUAUAAAGCGUGGCUAAUUACCGUAUCCAUUAUAUUAUUCUUCAUCCUGGCAUCAACAGCAUCCUAUUUGUACCAAAGAAAAAGAGAACAACAAAAUGAAGAACAAAUGAACAAUGGAACAGAAUUAAUGGAAAAUUCGCAUCAUUAUGAAAGUAUACCUUCGGUGCGAGCAAGUAAUCCAGAAGCGUUGGUAACUCCUACCACGCAAGACAAAGAAGAGGAGGCGGAAGUGGUAUCAUUGAUAAAGGUGGAAGAUUUUGAGAAAUAUGUCAAACAAGCGAUACAGUCAGGAUUACUGGAUAAGCAAUACAAAGCGACAAAACAGGUGAUAAAGAAAUAUACGGAUGACACUUCUUCCGAUUACAUUAACGCUACAUACAUCACCGGUUAUAAAGAAGAGAUACAAUAUAUAGCGACAAAAGAACCCGAAUCAAAUACUGUCAUCGAUUUCUGGCAUAUGAUUUGGCAGGAAAACGUUCUUAUUAUUUGUAUGUUGACAAACGUAGUCAAAAAUGAAAAGACAAACUGCAAGCAAUAUUGGCCAGAUAUUGACAAGAAAAUGAAGUACGGUGACAUUAUUGUAUUAAAUGAAAAGCAGAAUAUUUUUGCUGAUUACUCUUUUAGAACAUUCCAAGUCACUUAUGGAGAGAAAACUCGAAAGGUAGAACAUUUACAUUACACGGCUUGGCCUGACUAUGACGUGCCAUUAAAUACACAUUCAGUUGUCACAUAUUUAAAGAAAUUGUCUGCGUUAUCACCAAAAGAUGGAUCCGUGGUAGUUCAUUGUAGUGGCGUUGAAAAAACGGGAAUUAUUAUUUUGUGCGACAUUUGUCUCCGUCGAGCAAAGGCCGAAGAGAAAAUCGAUGUGCUUGAAGUAACGGAAUCCAUUAGAAGCGAACGAAAUAACAUAGUUAAUAUGCAGCAAUAUCUCUUUGCGCAUGUGGUGUUAGUAGAAUGUUUGUUUUCCAUUCCAACUACAGUUCCUUGUAAUGAGAUGUUAAUUACGCGAAUCAAGGAAUUGAAAGAACAAUCGCCGGCUCUUCAGCAAAGAUUACAGGACACUGCAUGGCAAGAUAAAAUAUUGCGACAGGAUAAAAUCAGUACAAUAUAUUUGAAGAAAUACCCGGCAUCGGACAAGGACAACGAUUAUCUAUCCGUCGUUUAUGUAGACGGAGUAAAACAUCAGAAUCAGUAUCUAGCUACACAGCUUCCCAUACAAUCGACGAUUAAAACAUUCUGGCAAAUGAUUGCCGAAUACAAGGUUGAACUUAUUCUCAUGCUACAAACGCCAGAUUUCCAGGAUCCUGCUUGCUGUAAGAUCGCUCCUACAAGCGGUGAGAUUAAACCAAUCCCAUAUUUGCAUAUUACUGCGAAAGAAGUCGUGAAAGAAAAAUAUUAUACAUCACAAAAAUUAUUGCUCGUUGAUAAUUCCGAGGAACCUCCAAGAAAACAAUAUGUGACUAUAAUGUGUUUAACGGAAUGGAAACCUGGAAGAAAUCAACCACUGCCCCCAGUUGGGUCGAUGGUGACGUUUUGGCAAGCAGCUGAAAAUAUCGCGAGAGUCAGUGGACCCACUGUAACACUUUGCCAUGACGGAAUAACUGGAUGUGGUCUCUAUCUAGCAUUGAGUUUCUUGUUGGAACGAAUGGUUGUCGAAAAAGAAUGCGAUGUUUAUUUAGCGGUGCAAUCUGUCAAACGGUCAAGAAGAGAUUUUGUUUCUUUUCUGGAACAUCUGGAAUAUUUAUAUGAUGCUGUGGAGGCUGUGUUUUAGGAGUUUUUCAUAGGCUAUGCGAAUUUUUUGUAAAGCAAGAAUAAUCAAGCUAUAUUCUUGCAUACACAUACAGCAAUGCUUGGACAUAACAUCAUGCACAAAUCAUGUGAAUAUUCAUAAUGAAAUCUCUCGCACUACGAAGAGGGUGAAACAAAGGUUGUCGAAGACUUUCUUCAAUAACUACAAAGAUGUAAUCGUACUACCGCGACAUCGAAAAUCCUAGUGAAUCUACCUGAGAAAAAAGUCCACCGUAAAAGAAAAUAACAAUGUUUUAGCUAUAUUUGAAUUAUUUUUUAAAGUUUAACUUUCUUUUUUUAUUAUAUAACCAUAAUCAAUUAUU